GUAUCAUGGGUCAUCACACUCCCGCUCAUAUCGGGAUUUCGAAGUGUUGUGUAUUUCAUAAAUGGUUUAUUUAACUCUGGGCAUUUGCUGAUUCCUGAAUAGCAAGAUAAGCCGCAAACAAGAAAACCGUGAAGACGUGAAACCGUGAAGACGUGAAGUAUUGUUCACUAGUUUCGUGCUCAAUUGUGGUUUUAGUGAAAGAAAGUCCAAUUUCGGUUAACUUCAAGAUGGUUGAAGUCAACAGUGCUCAAAUUAUUGACAUACCGGAUGAUGUAUGCAGGCGAACAGGAUGUGCCGCAGCAUGGGCCGGUCCUAAUAAAGUUGGCAUUUAUGCUUACAAACACGUUGAUGUAAAUUCUCAGGAUACUCUGAGCAACGUUGGACCUUAUGAUGCAAAAGUUCACUUUUUAUCGCCGGAAGUUAUAUUAUUUACUCCCGUUUUACGAAAAUUAGUAAACGAAAGUAAUGGUGUUUUCUUGUCAGUUCAAAAACUUAAGUUCUUUACUUCUGGUGAUAGCAGACCAGAAUUGCUGAAGCAUAGUAAGAGAUAUCGUUCUAUUUUGAGAGCAUGUAUUGAAAGUCUUCAGGAUCUCAGAGAAAAGUUGAUACCUACGGAAAAAUCAAUGUACGAGAAUUUUCUUACAAUAUUUUACAACAUCGAAUGCGUGUGGCAUUUAGCAGAAAUAUUGUACGUGGAUGUUAUACCAGGAGAUGUAGUUCUUCCUCAUUUAUUAGAAUGGAUUCGAUUUCAUUUUCCAUCCCGCGAGCUUAUGGCAAUAAAAAUUUUAGCAGAAAAAUCAAUCGGCGCUGAUCUCGAGAAUAUCAAUUAUUGGGAAGUCGUGAUGGGGUGCGCGUUGCAUGGAAAACUAGAUGUUGUCAGAGCUCUUUUAGCAUUGAAUAGUAAGGCAGAACGUUCUGCAUUUAUUGCAGCUGAGAAUGCGCUCAGAUACAUGCCAGUUUACGACAUUUAUGGAGGUUAUUCCGUAAGCGAGUUCACUCUACGAUGGAAACAUUGGCAGCUAGAUCUGUCUUCGAACAUCGAAAGGAAAACUUUUUCCAUUGAACCUAAUUUAGAAGCUCUUAUGAAGCUAGUGGUUGGCAGUGAACUAUGGGAAUUUUCUAAAUAUACGGACGCAUGGUACGAGUUAUUAGCUGCAAAACUGUUUUAUUCGGCACCAUGCUGUAAACAAGCAGAACUGGCACGUUAUGCGAAUGAUAUUGCUGUAAAGUGGCAAGCCAGUAGACAUUUGGAUAACGUGAUUCUGGCUUUAAUGGAAAGCGACUUGCAUCAAGUUAUUAAAGGAAUUCAGUACAUGAACGAUAAUGGUUGGUUUGCUGCACACCUAACGGAUUUAUUAUUUUGCUGUGGACGUUUGAAAAUCAUCGACAAAAAUCAAAAGACUGUCACCACUCAACUUCACGAAUCUCUGAUCUUGGAAUAUGGUAGCGUAUUAAUGGGACAUUGUUCCUUGUGGCAAUGUGGUGCCAGUUACCUUGAACACUGUGUUCUAGAAGGACUGCGUCGUUUAAAGACACUGCUACAAUCCAUUCCUCUCAGUACUGAAGCAAAAAUAAACAAAAUUAUUGACCUAGCUCGAUAUCACAAAAUGCACAAAGUUGUUACCGGCAUAUGUAAAACACAGGGAAUGAAGUGCAUACGUCGAGGUCGAUAUGGUAACGCACUGGCUUGGGCUUUAAAAGCACAAGAUGGAGCCUUUGCAACAUACAUUGCAGACAAGUUUUUGAAACGUUAUGCUGAACACGGUGAAAUACAGUGUCAAGACUUGCUUGAAAAUCUAGGAAGUUGUAUGCUUGUUAGUGACAGGCUCACUUUUCUAGUAAUUCUACUAUCAGAUUCAAACUUGGUGUGGUGUUUAAAAGAAUCCAGAAAAAUGGCGAUUAAAGAGAAGGAGGACUUGCCUUACACAUGUAACAACGACAGAAGAUCCUGCUCUAGAGGAUCAGCUGAAAUAUUCCAUAAUUUGCAUAAAUUGUGUCUGGAACGUCCAUGGAAUAGAAGAGGGAGGAGAAAAAGAAAUAUGAACGACCUUCCGCAAGCUGUCGCGAAUUGAUGAAGAGAAUUCAGUCGAAGAAGAAGAACCAGAAGUGAAUGAUGACACAACAGAAGUAGAAUUGGUUCCAUCGAGAAUGUCAAAACGAAGAAAAGUUGCCAGAUCAAAAACAUUAAAAUAAAUACAUCUGAAGAUACAUAUAAAAAUCUGUCCCUCCUUCAAUGCAUUGAUCAAUCCAUCCAUCCAUCCAUGUGAAUUAGGCUUUAGGAG